GUGAUAUUGAAGGUGGUGGAUGCAUCCACGCUUGCACUUUCCUCGGAUUUGAGUUCAUGAGGUCUACAGCUUGACGACUCAAGGAAGUUCUUGCCGUCUUGCCCUGUGCCCACCACCAUCACGAUCCGAUUGACGAGACUAUCGGUCCACUAGCACCACCACAUUGUGAAUGGAGCUGUUCAGAGUCCAAAUAGUGGCGAGUUGAGCCCAAGCGACGCAAGCCGGGCGUCAAAAUGAUUCACUGCUCCUGGGACUCCACCUCGUGAGUUGCGAGGGUGUCAUGAGGAGGGAUAAAAGAACCAGACUUCCUGCGUCUAGGACUCAAAAGACAUCUCUCCUCAAGCGGCUUCCUCCCUUCCAUCUCUCGCAAUGUUGUCCAUCCUCACUUCCGCUCUUCUCGCCGUCUCGGCCUCGCCUGUUGUCUUGGGUCGGGCUGCGCCUGAGCAAAAGCACAAGCUGGUCGCCAGAAAAGAUUGGGAGAGUCCUACCUAUUCCUGGCUUUACCAAUUUCCUCUGCCUAUUCCUCCGGUCAAGACGCCCAAACUGACCGUUACCAACCCGGUGACUGGCAACCCCAUUCACUAUUACGAGGUCUACAUCAACCGGUUCACCCAACAAGUGUAUCCAAACAAGGGCCCCGCAACUCUUGUUGGCUACGACGGCAUCUCUCCCGGCCCGACCUUUAUCGUGGAGAGAGGCCAUGAGGCUGUUGUGCGCUUCGUCAACAAUGCCAGCAUCGAAAACUCGGUCCAUCUCCACGGGUCAUACUCUCGCGCUCCUUGGGAUGGUUGGGCAGAGGAUGUAACCAUGCCAGGCGAGUUCAAGGAUUACUACUAUCCCAACCAACAGGCGGCCCGUUUCCUGUGGUACCACGAUCACGCAUUCAUGCACACUGCUGAGAAUGCAUAUUUUGGCCAAGCUGGAGCCUAUAUCAUUCAUGAUCCUGCCGAGGACGCCCUGAACCUUCCCUCAGGUUACGGUAUUCAUGAUAUUCCUCUGGUACUCUCUUCCAAGCAGUACAACAACAAUGGCAGUCUGUUCACCACCAAUGGUGAGACGGACUCGCUCUUUGGCGAUGUUAUCCACGUCAACGGCCAGCCCUGGCCCUAUUUCAACGUUGAGCCUCGCAAGUACCGCCUCCGCUUCCUCGACGCUGCCGUCUCCCGCACCUUCAAGCUCUACUUCCAGCGUCAAACCGGCAGUUCAGCCAAAAUCCCUUUCCAAGUCAUUGCCACAGAUGCCGGCUUGAUGACCUCACCAGCCACCACAAACGACCUUUACAUCAGCAUGGGAGAGCGGUACGAGGUUGUCUUUGACUUUUCGCCAUUUGCUGGCCAAAAUAUCACCUUGCGCAACACGGACGACGUGGGCCAGGACGACGAUUACCUCCACACCAACAAGGUCAUGAGAUUCAUCGUUGGCAACACCCCAGUGACCGACACCAGCUCCGUUCCCAGCACUCUGGCUACUGUCGACUGGCCGACCCCUGAUGGAACCGGUGUGGACAGACACUUUAAGUUUGACCGCUCCAAUGGCGAGUGGCAGAUCAACGGAGUCGUCUUUGCCGAUGUCAACAACCGUGUGCUUGCCAAUGUCCCCCGCGGCAAGGUUGAAAUUUGGGAGCUCGAGAACGGCGGCGGCGGAUGGAGCCACCCAAUCCACAUUCACCUGGUCGACUUCAAAGUCUUGUGGCGCUCGAAUGACGAUGGCAGACCGGUCUACAACUACGAGGCCCAGGGUUUGAAGGAUGUUGUCUGGCUUGCGCCCAACGAGAUUGUCAGAGUGGAGGCCCAUUACGCCCCAUGGGAUGGAGUCUACAUGUUCCACUGCCACAACCUGAUUCACGAGGAUCACGACAUGAUGGCUGCCUUCAACGUCACUGCUCUGACUGACUUGGGAUACAACGAGACCGCGUUCCGUGACCCCAUGGAGGCCAGAUGGAGAGCCGAGCCGGUCACGGCUGCCAAGUUCACCACGGCUGCCAUCACCGAAAAGAUUCAGUUCAUGGCCAGACUGCAGCCCUACAACAAUGUCGAGGAAGUCUUGGAGGUUCUCGACGAGUACUGGGCCACGCACAGCAAGCGUGACGCCCAAGACCCUGCUCCCAAGGCAAGAAGAAUGAGAGUUGAGGGCGGGAAGGUUAAAGAGGUCCGGUGAUAUGAUAAGGAAUGAUAUUUGGAGUGGGCGCAGCGGUAUAGGUAUGGGUAUGGUUUUGUAACAGUAUGUACACAUAUGGUGGGAGGCAGGGUACAUAGCUUUAAGGGUAACGAUGCAAUGUCGAGUUUUAUGAAUCCAUUCAGAGACGAAUGA